AUGAUGAAUGUUUAUGGCACUGUCUCACAACGCCAUUGGGGAAAAUGGGUAGCAGAGAUUCGCCUUCCUCGUAAAAGAACUAGACUUUUGUUAGGCACGUUUGGAAGUACUGAAGAAGCUGCUUUUGCUUACGAUGUCGAGGCCUCUAGGCUCAGAGGAACAGAUGCACGUCUUAAUUUCCCACAUCUGGCCACAAUUCAAACAGAUAAUGAACAAGUGUAUACUUAUUGUGUCUAUGACUCCGAUAUUUCAACUGGAUUUGGCGUUGGCGCCUUCUUAUUUCUCAUGGCUGGACAAAUCCUUAUAAUGGUGGCGAGUCGUUGCUUCUGUUUUGGAAAGCCUUUGAGCCCCGGUGGUUCAAGGGGUUGUGCUGUUCUGUUAUUCAUCAUGUGUUGGGUUACAUUUUUCAUCGCGGAGGUGUGUUUGUUGGCUGGUUCAGUUAGGAACGCGUACCAUACAAAGUAUAGAUCAUCGCUCUUGUUUAAUGAUCGACCUGUAUCUUGUGAGACUGUGAGAAAAGGCGUUUUUGCUGCUGGAGCCGCGUUUAUUUUCUUCACUAGCAUAAUCAAUAAGUUUUACUUUAUCAGUUACUCCAACGCUAAGGAUGGAGCUGGACCAUAUGGUGGAGAAGCUGGUGUGGGAAUGGCAGCCUACAAAUGAGUGUGAUCAAUCAUGAAGUUCUAUAUGUAUACAAUUUUUUCCAGUUUUUAGUUGUACUUGACUUCAUAUUUUGGUACUCUUGUUUUUUUUUUUUUUGGAGAAUGUUUAGGUGUUCAAAGGGUGUUUGAUCCUUCUUUGUUUUUUUUUUUUGGUAUUGGUGUUUAUAAGAUAGUAUUUU